AGACAAGAAAAAUACAUACAACAUGAGCUCUUCUCCUUCCAAGUCCCACGCCAAGUACGAUCAAACCGUCGGUGAUGUCAAGGAAACCGUUGGUAACGCCGUUGGUAACGAAUCCCUCCAGGCCAAAGGUACUGCGCAACACGGAAGCGGUCAAGCCGAAGAAACGGCCGCCAAUAUCUCUGGUUACGUCCAGGGCUUGAAGAACCAAGUCGAGGGUACCGCCAAGGGUGUCUACAAUGCCAUGAUGGGCAACUCGGGUGAUGAAGCCGGUGCCAAGGUCGAAAAGAAGGCCGGUGAGGCGCAAAAGGGUGUCAACUCAUAAAUCCUUUCUGUGCAUCCUGCACACUAUCGAAUCAUGCACAUCAAAUCUCGUACACAAGACAAAAUGCAAUUGAUCUUCUUUUAUAACCAUUCUCUCUCUCAACUUUUUUACUUGCUCAUCAUUCUGUGAAUAAAUCUUUUUUAACUCUUGUAUUCUCUUCGUGGUGGAAGCGGGUUUUUUCAAAGAACUAUGCAUCAUCUGCAGUUUGUUGAUGGUUGCCAGAUUCGGGGUUGAGAGAAUCGAG